UCAAAAAAUUAAAAGGCAUUUAUUUUGAUGAAGAACGUGAACAUCCAAUCGAAAUUAAUCGCCAUCAUCUUAAUUGUAUGAGCAAUUCGUUAAGAGUGUUAUAUUAUAACCAAUCGCAAAUAAUAUUCAGGGACAAAUGUCAUAAACCAUUUGAACAACUCAGAUGCCUUUGGAUUGGUGGUGAUGUUCCUGAUUACCAAUGGAGUUUGAGAAACUUGAGCAUCUCGCCUGCUACAGGGGCCCAUUGACGCAAGGCAUGAAUUUGUAUGAGUUUCCUCCAAGCCUGCGCAUUGCGUACAUUCGUGAUUAUUCUGAGAAGAGAGUUGCAUAUUCUAAAAUUCCUCCCAAAGUCUCUCCAGCUUCUUCGCUUGUAAGAUUAAGCUUACAUGGUUUCAGAAAUAUGCAAAGGUUGCCAGAUGGACUGGAAAAGCUAACAAAGUUAGAGAUAUUAAAUUUAUGGAAUUGCCGUCAGCUAAAGGAAUUUCCUUACAAAUUGGGAGAUCUCAGCAAUCUAAAAGAGUUAGAUCUAUUGAACUGCUGUGAAUUGAAAGAGUUGCCUUCAAACUUUGGUCAGUUAAAAAAAUUAAAAGAGUUAGACUUGACCAGUUGUUAUGGGUUAAAAGAGUUGCCUUCACAGCUCAAAAAUUUGAAAAAGUUAAAUUUGAUGGGUUGUUGGGUGUUAGAAAAAAGGCCAUUAAGCUUAAAGGAUUUUUUGCCGGAUAACUUUAAAGGAAAUAAUUUAGUAUUGGGAUUAUUGAAGAAAGUUAGAAAACAAAAUUGA